CUGCGAUGGUCACAAAAUUAUAAUUAGAAGAAAUUCAAUCAACACAUAUCCUGCUGCCCUGCCAGCUUUAUACUUCCGACGCACAGGAAGCGAUUUGUCCUGUUUGGUCGUUUCUCGACCCAUGUGUCACUGGGAAUAACCGCAUUCGGGCAGUUUCGGGCAGUCUCCCCCGCAGGGUACUUGAUCUUCCGGUUGAGAUCCCGACGUAGUUCUGGCUUCAUCAAUUGUUCCGGCAAUUCGUGGCAAUCCUUGUCCACUUUAAACACUUGGUACUGCAGCAUUCAUUCAUCCCAGGACACACUCACUUUUCAAGCUUCCACGCUCGUGCCAGCACAUAUAGCAACCUCGCCCACCAUGAAUUGCCCCUCACGCACCGAUGACACCCUCGAGCAUCCCGACUGGAAUCAGAACCCUUCUGCCUUGAACGCAGACGUUACCACUCGAAGUGAUUUCAACGGACUCGCGAAUUCCAAGGUUCAUAGGAGGCACGCCUCAGGGAUGGGAGGCACUACCGAGGAAGGCAUUUCGCCAAUGGAUCAUCGACCGCAUAGCCUAGAUGGGAACGAGACCGAGAUAGAGGAGAAGUGCCCCGGUGGGGUGGUCUCUGUCGCUCCUGGGGAUCAUAUCCCCGGGGGAAACAGUGGACCGCCCUGCCGUUCUCUCAAAUCAACCCUCCGUUCAUAUCCUGCGCAUGUGGCGCAAAGUCUUGUCAAAUUUGGCAGGUUUAUAGGCCCCGGCUUUCUUAUCGCGGUGGCCUACAUCGACCCCGGAAACUACUCCACCGAUGUUGCAGCAGGUGCACAGUAUCGUUACGCCCUUCUGUUCAUCGUGCUCGUUUCCAAUCUGUUCGCUAUCUUCCUCCAGUCUCUGUGCAUUAAGCUUGGCACGGUGACUGGGCUUAACCUGGCGGAGAACUGCAGAGAACAUCUUCCCAAAUGGCUUACUAUUGUUCUGUACGUUUUGUCGGAGGCUGCGAUUGUCGCAACCGACAUAGCAGAGGUAGUUGGAUCGGCGAUUGCACUCAAUCUUCUUCUCAAAAUCCCUCUAGUCGCUGGGUGCGCGAUAACCUUGGCGGAUGUUCUAUUUAUCCUCAUCUUUUACAGACCAAAUGGGACUAUGUGGGGUUUGCGUCUAUUUGAGUUCUUUGUCAUGCUUCUCGUACUAGGAGUCGUGAUUUGUUUCUGCAUUCAGCUGUCGCUGAUUAAGGAGCAAUCCGUUGGCGAUGUGUUCCGGGGCUACCUACCCUCAUCAGCCAUCGUACAGUCUGAAGGCCUGUACCAGAGCUGCGGCAUUCUGGGCGCAACCGUGAUGCCUCACUCAAUGUUUCUGGGCAGCGGGGUGGUUCAAUCCCGGCUGAAAGAAUUCGAUGUUACUCAAGGCUACGUGGACCCAACCGUUUGCCUCGGAAGCACCGGUGGUGAAGUCGAGUAUAGACCCUCCAUCCACGCCAUUCGGGGCUGCAUGAAAUACUCCAUUAUUGAGCUUUCCCUAUCACUCUUCACGUUUGCUCUGUUUGUGAAUAGCGCCAUUCUCAUCGUCGCAGGUGCCUCGCUCUACGGCACCCCUGGGGCCGAUAAUGCGGAUCUCUGGGGCAUUUACGAUCUGCUUUCCAGCUCGAUUGCCCCCGCGGCGGGUCUGAUCUUCGGACUGGCGCUGCUCCUCUCGGGCAUUUCUGCCGGCAUUGUUUGUACCAUGGCGGGGCAGAUGGUAAGCGAGGGGAUGUUGAACUGGAGCAUCAGACCUUGGCUCCGUCGCCUGAUAACUCGAUCUGUCAGCAUCAUCCCUAGCAUAAUCAUUGCAGCCGCCGUUGGUAAGGAUGGGUUGGACAAGACCUUGAAUGCCAGCCAAGUGGUUCUGAGUGUCAUCCUUCCCUUUGUCAGCGCUCCUCUCAUCUACUUUACAUGUCGCAACCGUUACAUGACCGUCCCUAAUGACCGGGUCUUCGAGAGCGAAGAGUCAGCGGCGGGAGGAGUGAAAAUGAAAAACAACCUUUUUGUGACCAUCAUCGCCGUUGUGGUCUGGUUGAUUAUUGUGGUGAUGAAUGUCGCGCUCCUUGUUCUUCUAGGUCUCGGCAAGGCUUGAUGCCGGAGCCGAAACCUCAUAACUUCUACAGCCGCAGGGAUGCGGUCGACUCGAGCUUGAAUCUGCUCGCUGGUCACAUUUUCGUAUAUAGUAUUAUGUUGGAGACGAAGACUAGAUGAAUUUGCUUUCCGUGAAAACUUGAAG